GUCAUAAAUCUCAAAACGCUAUGUCAUUGUAGUUCGACGACUCGGCAUCGCAAGUUAAAUUUUUGUCUGGUUUAUUUGCAGGUAUACUUGAAAAAUGGUAGAAAUGGAUUUAUUAGUUAUUGAUAAGGAUGAGUCAGAUGCUCGUGCAACGAAGGAUGCUCCGAUCGAUGAGCUAGACAUGGAGGACUUGUAUACCAAAUAUAAGAAACUACAAAAAAUGUUGGAAUUUCUCGAAGUGCAAGAAGAAUACAUCAAGGAUGAACAACGAAAUUUGAAAAAGGAAUACCUUCAUGCACAGGAAGAGGUUAAGCGUAUUCAAUCUGUGCCUCUGGUUAUCGGACAAUUUUUGGAAGCUGUAGACCAGAAUAAUGGAAUUGUGGGUUCUACAACAGGAUCAAAUUAUUUCGUAAGAAUUCUUUCUACAAUCGAUCGGGAACUUUUGAAACCGUCAGCCAGCGUAGCACUACAUAAACAUAGCAAUGCGUUGGUGGACGUUUUACCUCCAGAGGCAGAUAGCUCAAUUUCAAUGCUGCAAGCGGACGAAAAACCGGAAGUCCAAUACUCAGAUAUAGGUGGAAUGGAUAUGCAAAAGCAGGAAAUUCGUGAAGCUGUCGAAUUGCCGUUGACGCACUUUGAACUCUAUAAGCAAAUCGGUAUUGACCCACCAAGAGGGGUAUUAAUGUAUGGACCUCCUGGUUGUGGAAAAACUAUGCUCGCUAAAGCUGUUGCUCAUCAUACUACUGCUGCAUUCAUUAGAGUAGUGGGGUCUGAGUUCGUCCAGAAAUAUUUAGGAGAAGGUCCCCGUAUGGUACGGGAUGUGUUCCGUUUAGCCAAGGAAAAUUCCCCUGCUAUUAUUUUCAUCGACGAAAUUGACGCAAUAGCAACAAAGAGAUUCGACGCCCAAACUGGAGCCGAUAGAGAGGUGCAACGCAUUUUGCUCGAGUUGCUCAACCAAAUGGAUGGAUUCGACCAAACGACUAAUGUAAAAGUUAUUAUGGCAACUAAUCGUGCCGACACGUUAGAUCCAGCUCUGUUGCGUCCCGGACGAUUGGACAGGAAAAUUGAGUUUCCGUUGCCCGAUCGACGCCAGAAGCGGCUGAUUUUUUCUACUAUAACAACAAAAAUGAAUUUGUCUGAAGAUGUAGAUCUUGAGGAUUAUGUAGCCCGACCAGACAAAAUCUCUGGAGCCGAUAUUAACGCCAUUUGCCAGGAAGCGGGAAUGCACGCUGUAAGAGAAAACCGAUACAUUGUGCUGGCAAAGGAUUUCGAGAAAGGUUACAAAAAUAAUAUAAAGAAAGAUGAAACUGAACACGAGUUUUACAAAUAAGUUUAUUAAACUGUGUAUUAUUUGGAAUCUAAGAGUGCAUAAUAGACAUGUCAUAUUGCAACAAA